AUGUCGGUCAUAACGUCACUCUGGUGGCCCGAAGAUAGAAUCCAAGCUACUCUAUGCUCGGAGUAUAUCUUCAACCAUCUGCCCUCCAAUAUCCUGCAUCGUCUCGUGACUCCUUUGCCAUGGGGUGAGGGUUUAACGAGCGAGACCUAUCUCGAUUGGAUCCUCGCCAAAGCGGGAAGACUCUUCCUAAUCCUCGUUGAUAUCGGAAUUCCUGAGCGGAUCUUUGCCUUGGUAGAUGAAUCCCUUGACGACUCUGAUCUGCCUAUUGCGGCCCACAGCGUCGAUCGUCUCCACCUAUCUCCAGACGCAGAAGAUCCAGCGUUGGACUCCAAAUUCUUUCUUGCGCAGUGGCGGUUUGUCGUGCGAGGCAUCGGCGAAGGGGAACAUGUCAAGUAUACGGAGAACGAGGGCGUCCCCGUGGAAUUACUGCGAACUGGUGCGGCCCUGGCGAGAGAUGGCGUGGAAAGAGUGGUCCUCGCCGGAUCUGUGUGUCGAGUGUAUCUGCGAACUCAAGUCACGGUUGGAGGGCCACCACAUUUUUUUGAGGAAGACGAGGUCCUAGAAGAGGUUCGCUCCCUGAGGAGGCUCUCUCACGAGCACGUCUACUCAAUAUUCGGGUCAUACUUUGUCGACAACACAGUUUGCAUUCUGUUUUCAGGUGUUUACGAACGCACUCUGAUGUCUUUCCUUACGGACGUACCUCCACAAUUCAAGCGCUUGUCCAAGGAACGACGUCGAGAGACUCUCGUCAACUGGCCGCAUUGCCUAGCGAAUGGAUUAUCGUGGUUUCAUGCGCAGAACCAGGUGCAUGGUGGCAUUCGACCAUCUAACAUCUUCAUCGAUGCGGACUUGAGAAUCUUCCUAGGACAAUUCGAGGCCCUGGACACUUUGCUGCCUCCGGUCAAGAUCGACGAUGUCGAGUCGUAUCAGUACGGAGCUCCGGAACGCUGGGUUCGCUUCGCUACAGUUCAGGACACUGGUCCUUCACGAACAGCCCUACCCUCGGGUGGACGCACGGCUCGCAAGCCGUCAUCUAGACCAUCCAGGUUGAGCUUCGGCAUACGCAAAGAAUCGUAUCCGCCGGACCAUGAAGCCACAGACUCGCGGCCAGAAUCCAUGCUCUCUCAAGGAACUGCCAUCCGGGUUGUAUCGCCAGGCUCUCCAUCUCGAUUCUCCUUUGGGCCUUCUUCCUCAUCUGGAUCAAGCGGCGGAAGCGCUCGGAAACGUGUCAUAUCCUCCGUGAAACGACCUAUCUUUUACACCCCUUCGAUCACAUCGUCCAACUCUUCGGGAUCUUCUUCGCACCAGACCUCUCUAGGUGCGGUGAGUUUGCCCCUUUCACACUCCCACGCCGCAGUAGUCCACAGCUGGCAGUCGUGCCAGACCAAUCCGAAAGCCUCCGACAUUUUCUCCCUCGGCGCGGUCACCGUGGACAUCUUCACCCAUCUAUGUAAGCGCAAGAUAUCCUCAUUUGUACACCACCGUGGAGCCAAGAACCGGACUGCUGGCCGCGGAGGGGGCGUUGCAGAUUGCUCGUUCCAUCUAGAUCGAAACAUGGCCCAAGUCACCUCCUGGAUCACACUCUUGGACCAGGAUGCAAAGAAGCAAAAAAGUCCCGUGUUUCAGGCCGUCCGAGCCAUGCUUUCCAUGUCACGAGGUAUGCUGAGCAAAGACCCAGUCGGUCGGCCGUCGGCCUCGCAGGUCGACCACUGCUUUUCAUCUGCAAUCCGGCAACUAGGCGGCGUGGCCAACUUGCACUGUUCAUCCUAUGUACACCUGGUCGCGAACGAGUCCAAGAGCCCAGUACCUAGAAGAAAGCACACAGAAGAGACGCCAGAACUUCAAGUCCUCGAUGUUCCCUCGGAAUCGGCCACACCCACGCCGGUCUCACCGAGCAAACAUCUAACGGUCUAUGACCACUCCUGUAUCGACCCAGGAGGAACCGACGGUCUCAACCCAUCCCCGGCCGCAUCCAUGACCAACUUCAAUUUCUGUUUUGACAGAUACCAAGACAGCGAUGAUACGGAUCAAGAAUGCGGUGGGUGCACGACCGGCUCCGACCAGCCUCCCUGGUUAGAUCCCGACCAGGCAUUGAGCCCGGCAGCCGUCAAUGAUCCGGCAUGGGAUUAUAGUUUUACGCUGAGAGAUGGAUGA